CGGGAAUCUUCAUCUUUCUACGUGUUUCCUCAGCUAUGUAUCUCUAGGUUCGACUUCAGUAAAAGCUUCACCAGCCAUGGAUUUCGUCAGGGGUUUUUGGAGGAAGCAUAGAAGGAAGGUCUUGCUGACUGCUGGUUGUUUAGGAAGUGGAUAUUUGCUCUACAAACUAUACAAUUCCCAUACUCGUAGGCUUGCUGAUUUGGAACGAGAACUCGCUCACGAGCGUGAAAAUGACGAAAUCAUCAAAACCCAAAUGAAAGCACAUUUCGAGAGUAUUCAGAUGAUUGUGGAUUCGACCACACUGCCUCACGCUAUUCAGUAUUUGAGUAUCCGUAUAAGCGAGGAGAUCGAUGUCUCGGAUGUUAUGGACAGACUGGACAAAGGGAAAGGAAUGUUGAGUUCACCUGAGAAGCUUCAGCUCUGGGACGAGCUCAAGAUUUUGAGUUUCACGAGGAUGGUUUUGUCUCUGUGGUCUGUCACAAUGCUUAGCUUAUACAUUAGGGUUCAAGUCAACAUUUUAGGCAGACAUUUGUAUGUUGACACCGCACGAGCUCUUGGCAGCUCUCAUAUACUUGAAGAGUUAGAUCUCAUUGAUAGAGAUGAUGAACAGAAGUUUUUGUCAAGUGCUGAUUUUCUUGUCACCAAUGCAAUGCCAAGUUUGAUUUCAGAUAUGCAGGGUGCAGUCGAGGAAGUCCUUAAAGGAAAGCAGUUGAAGGAUGUAAUUACCACAAGAGUUCUUCAAGAAACCGUGAUGCGGGUUUUAGAAGUGUUUAUGAGCACUGGAAGUCCACAUCACUGGGUUGAUUAUUUAAUGAUGCCUCAAGACACAAAGCUUUCAGGAACCACAAGCGGCUCUUCUGAUGAAACAGUGUCCAAGUUUCAUCAACUCAUGGUUGAGACCCGAGAAGUACUCAUCAACACUGAAUUCACAAAUAUAGUGGAAAUUUCGCUCAAGUGUUUCACGGAUGCGUUGGUAGAGGAAAUAGAAACGCAGACUGUAGCGGGCGGUUUGGCUACAGGGAAACCAUUGGCAAAGGUCUUACCACACAUUGAGAAAACAAUGAAUGUGAUUACAGCUGAACCAAGCAAGAACCGGUUCUUACAAAUCAUCAGAGAUCUGCCUGAAAUUGAAGAGCUUGAGAGACAGAAAGAGAUCGACGAUUGGCUUCCGAUAACUUCAUCAAGAAACGCGAAAUGGUGGUACUCCACGUUUCACAAUGUGACUGCCAUGGUUGGAGCCGGCGUCCUUGGUCUCCCUUACUCCAUGGCCCAACUCGGAUGGGGACCAGGCAUAGCAGUCCUGAUACUAUCAUGGAUAAUAACACUUUACACGUUAUGGCAAAUGGUGGAGAUGCAUGAGAUGGUUCCUGGAAAACGCUUUGACCGCUACCAUGAACUUGGCCAGUUUGCGUUUGGUGAACGUCUUGGCCUUUAUAUCAUCGUCCCUCAGCAAAUCAUUGUUGAAGUUGGAGUAUGCAUAGUUUAUAUGGUCACCGGAGGACAGUCGCUGAAGAAGUUUCAUGAACUCGCCUGUCAAGAUUGCUCACCGAUUAGACUUUCUUUCUUCGUAAUGAUAUUUGCUUCUUCUCAUUUCGUUUUAUCUCAUCUCCCAAACUUCAAUUCCAUCUCGGGUGUCUCUCUUGUCGCCGCCGUCAUGUCUCUUAGUUAUUCGACGAUUGCUUGGACAGCAACAGCUGCGAAAGGCGUCCAAGAAGACGUUCAAUAUGGUUACAAAUCAGGCACGACAGCGUCAACGGUCUUAAGCUUCUUUACGGGACUUGGGGGGAUUGCGUUUGCUUAUGCAGGUCACAAUGUGGUGCUUGAGAUCCAAGCAACGAUACCUUCCACUCCAAGUAACCCUUCUAAAGGUCCUAUGUGGAGAGGAGUCGUGGUGGCUUACGUGGUUGUAGCCUUGUGUUAUUUUCCCGUCGCUUUAGUUGGCUACGGUGUUUUUGGAAACGCCGUUUUGGAUAACGUUUUGAUGUCGCUCGAAACGCCUGUUUGGGCCAUCGCAACCGCUAACUUGUUCGUCGUUAUGCAUGUCAUUGGUAGUUACCAGAUAUUUGCGAUGCCGGUUUUCGACAUGGUGGAGACAUUUCUGGUUAAGAAACUAAAUUUCAAACCCUCUACAAUUCUUCGUUUCAUCGUACGAAAUGUUUAUGUUGGUAAGUUUGUUGGUGUGCUCUAUUGAGUCAGUAAGAUUAUCUCUUAAUAAUUUCUUAAACGAUAUAUACAACUUUUAUAAAUCAAAGAAAAUGCUAAACAACAUUCUAUAUGUUAAGAUUGAAGAUCUAGACUUUGUCUUGCAUGAUUAUUAAUGUAUAAUUGUAAUUGAUUCAAGAAUAUAUCUGAAUUAGAUAU